GGUGCUGCUGUUAUCAGACGCUUCUCCGGCUCUGAAAACACCAUCCCUUCAUCUGGAAAAGAUGAAUUGCCCAACUGCAUGGUCAAUGCUGCAUCAAAGCAAGGGUUUGCUAUCUACAUAGAUGAACCAGAAGAGAAAGAAAACUACAGCUGCCAAGUAGAUGAAGAGCUGGAAUCAAGCCUGUGUGAACAGGAUACUAGUGCAAUGACAUCGAGUAUUCACCUACUGCUGGAUCUGAGUACAGGAUCUCCUAUGGACACAUCCUUCCAGUCCCAGCCUGAGGAUCACAUGGGAGAUGCCAUAACUCUGACUGCAGGAGAGUAUGCAGAAGACAUUCAUCAGUACAUCCGAGAGGCUGAAGUAAGAUUCAGGCCCAAGCCCUACUACAUGAGGAAGCAACCAGAUAUCACGACAGGAAUGCGUGCCAUCUUGGUAGACUGGCUGGUAGAAGUAGGGGAAGAAUAUAAACUUCGGACAGAGACUUUGUACUUGGCGGUGAACUUCCUGGACAGGUUUCUUUCCUGCAUGUCUGUUCUCAGAGGGAAGCUGCAGCUUGUAGGAACAGCAGCAAUUCUUCUGGCUGCGAAAUAUGAAGAGAUCUACCCACCAGAAGUGGAGGAAUUUGUGUAUAUAACAGAUGAUACCUACACAAAGAGGCAGCUGCUAAGAAUGGAACAACUGCUUCUCAAAGUGUUGGCUUUUGACCUAACAGCCCCAACCAUCAACCAGUUCCUCCUUCAGUAUUUUCAGAGGCAUGGAGUCUGUAUGAGGACAGAGAAUUUUGCAAGGUAUCUUGCAGAGCUGAGUCUUCUUGAAGCUGAUCCUUUUCUGAAGUACCUUCCUUCACAAACUGCUGCAGCAGCCUACUGUCUAGCAAACUAUACUGUGAACAGGACUUUCUGGCCAGAAACACUUGCUGUAUUCACUGGGUAUUCAUUAAGUGAGAUAGUGCCUUGCAUAACUGAUCUGCAUAAAGCAUGCCUUGAUGCUCCCCAUUGCCAACUGCAAGCAAUUAAGGAGAAGUAUAAACACUCAAAGUACCUGCAGGUGUCUCUUCUGAAGCCUCCAGCAGUUCUUCCUCUACAAUAGAGACUGUGGAUCCUGGACUUGAAGAUUACUUCUUCCCAAUCAGCAAGGCUGGUGUAACAUUUCAUAGAGCACUGCAGGUCAUGUGUUUGUAACCAUAGCGAUCAGAAUGGUUUUUAGCUAGUAUUUUUUAAUUAGAUGCCUUUUUAAAAAAGGAUAUUGGGCUAUAGCUCUUAAUAUAACUGACAGCACUUUUAAUAAAUGUCUUAUUACACU